UGUCAAAGUGCUGUUGGCAGUAGCAAAAUUGAUAAAAAAAACAUUAAGGCUUGGCAAAGGAAAAAUCGGUGAUUCGCUGUGGUGCUCGGGGAAAAGCAAAACGGAAUUCUAAUCUCCAACUUCUGAUAAAACUCGCUACGCUACGUGGACGGUGCUACAUUCACUCGCGCUCGCACAAUCGGUUGGGGCAGUGGAAACAGUCUCAUUUUCAGCACCAGCACAAGGCCAUUCAGUCAGCAGCAUUCCAGCGGUGGUGGGGGUGGAAUUUCGUCCAGAAAUUAUCAUCGGUAUCGGUACGGGGAGGCGGGGGCGGUGAUACGGUAAUGUCCGGCCAUCAGUACGUACCGAACCCAGCGAACCUGUUCACGGACGAGGACGAAAUAGACGAUGAGCUCUUCCUGAGGAACGCCCGUCGGACGGACGGUUAUCUGGCCGCGGAUGAUAAGUAUGGCAUGGCGAAGGUGACGACGGGGCCCGCCUAUACACGCCCGGAUGUGCUCGGACCCACAGCAGGAUUUGACGCGAGCGGGCUAGGGUACGCGGGGAGUAGCGGCAGCGCGGGGGGCAGUGUCGUAAGCGUUGGGCCCGGCGGUUACGUGAUGGAUAUGCCGGCGGCCGCGUACGGUGGUUACGGGGCGGGUGUUGUUCCUACCAAGCCGCUCGUGUACGGCAGUGCGGCCAACAUGUACUCGAGCCUCGGGCCGGACGCGGCCGACGUCGCGGUGGACGACGAAAUAGCGCGGCAGCGACAAACGUUCGAGCAGCGGCGCCGCGAGCUGGAGGAAAGCACGCUGCUCACGUCGCAACGGUGCCUUGGGGUGUUACGCGAAACGGAGCAGGUGGGAAUUGCGACGGCCGAGGAGCUGCAUCGCCAGCGGGAGCAGCUGGAAAAGACCAAGAAGCAGCUGGACGAGAUAAACAACUCGCUGCGAUUCAGCCAGAAGCAUCUCAACAGCCUGAAGAGUGUGUUCGGUGGGCUGAAGAACUAUCUUUCCGGCCGGAUGGUGGCCGGGGGUGGCGGGGGUGGUAGCGGUGGUCCGGCAAGUGUGCACGGCGAGCACGGUGUGACGACGGCCGGUGGCAUCCCGCGGCAGAACAUAUCAUCCCCAACACCGACCGAGGAGGACGAUCUUUACCCGAACCCGCAGGACUUCCGCAUUGCGGACCCGUACUGGACAGCGGACCAAUCGCCGGUGCCACCGCCGCAGGGGGCCGGCGACUAUCAUCACCAUCAUCCCCAUCAUCCCCAUCAUCCGCACCAUCCUCAGCAGCAGCAGCAGCAGCAGCAGCAGCAACAGCAACACCUCCAUCAACAGAAGCAACAGCAGCAGAUGGCCAACGGUGCCGGCGGUGGCUUUAGCCACCAGCUCGACCAAAACCUGGACGAAAUGCGGGGCAAUCUGUCGCGGUUGAAGAACUUGGCCUUGGACUUGAAUCAGGAAAUCGACAGCCAGAACGAUCUGAUCGACGACAUCUCGGACCGGGUCGAGGAUGUGGACGUGAAGAUCGGCAAGCAGAACAAAGACAUGAACCGGCUGUUGCGGAAGUAAGCGAACGUGUACAUCGAAUUAAUUCAGCCCAGGGCGCCAAAGGGUGCCGCCACACAAACACACAAACACAGCAAAGCAAAACUACUACCAUUUACGGGACGAUAUUAUUAAAUAGAUAAGCGAAAAGCGGGGGGGGGGUCGCCACGUGUGUGUGUGUGUGUGCCCCUCAUCCCUUUUCGGACUGACCGCGACGCCGCGAACGUUGGCGGGUCGUAUGUCGUUAAAUUUGCUAUCGAGUUGUUGCGAGAGCAGCCCCACGUGAACCGUUGCUGUGUACAGUAUUUACAGUAAAAGCAGGGCAAACCAACGUUGUUAUCGAGGGCCGUCGCGUAGGAUUCGGGUAAGAAUGAUUUGUUGUUUGUAUUUCGCUUUCGAUCCUUUUGUUUUCGUUUUAGAUUCCUGCGUCCAAAGCUGUGGGCGAUCAAAUCUGUUAAGGCUGUUUAUGUUUUUGUUUAAGUUAAGUAUCGAUCAAGCAUGUAUAUCCGUCGGAAGGUUUAUCUUAUUUUUAAAAAUUACUUUAAGAAAGUGUUCUCCUCCAAGUACAGUGCAAAAUUGUGUUAAACAUGUGGACGCUUGUUUUGUUUGAAGACGGGAUUGUUGCUUGUUUUUGACAGAGGAAUUUAGCCAUUUUCCCUUCCUAAAAUGCAUCACAAAAGGCGUGUUUCACGCUUCAUCAGUUUCAUAGCCAGAGAGAGAGAGAGAGAGAGAGAGGGAAUUGGAAGGAAAAAGGAAGAAAGGACAGAACAAACAGACAAACAAAAAAGAAGGAAGCAAAGUUACAAGUAUAUUCUACUCACGUGCAUGAACGUUAUACAAAUAUACAAAUAUAUGAAAUACACAUCUCAAACACACAACCAGCCCAACAGAGCGGAAGCUACCAAGUAAAACAAAACAAAAACUCCCAUGAAUAUAUAUAUUCUACCCAAAAUCGAUAAAUGUAAAUAAUCAACUAAAAAGGAACAAGGACAAACUUCAUAUUUCUACACAUUUCGGCCGGUCCCCCCAAUCGGGUGGCCACUAAACUAGACUGUUUCUAUAUAAAAACACACCGAAUGUUCCGUUCCGAAUAACUUAAAGCUAGGACCCGUUUUUCUCGCUUGCACCUUCUUUAGUACGAACGGAAUAAAAAAAAAACCAAAAACGCAAGUCAGGAAGCGAAAUCGUUCAUAGGCCGCUGUAUCGCUGUAACCAACCGAUGUCUUACUAAGCUCAGAUUCCAUUCUCCAUUAACAAAAAAAAAAAGAAGAAGGCGAAUCCUAUUCUUAAUGAAUCCAACUCUCUAAAUCUAAAAUCAAACAUUCUGUCACACAAAAAACAAACUUUCUCACUCUCACUCUCUCUGUCUCUCUCUCUCUCUCUCUCUCGCAUCCCUUUUUCAUCACCUUGGAUACCUUUAAAUAAGCAAAGAAAAAAUACACACACAAAAGAAAACCCACACACAAAACAUAAAACACACAUACGAUGAUGAUAUUGUUAGAUAAUCUGAUCUGAAAUGGUAAUGAUAGAGCAGCAGCAGGUAAUGAUAAUACAGCAAAAACAAAAAAAGAAAAACAUACAAAACAAAUAAUAUAAAAUGUACACGAACAAAAAAGAAUUAGAUAGAUCGCAUCAACCGGCAACUAAACCGGCCCACCCUAACUCCGGUGGGUCGGCAAUUAGCUUUAGAGAGAACGACAACAAAAAGAAAAAUCGCAAUCAGGUUGCAAAUGUGGAGCAAAGUAAUGCAAAAGUAUCAUACAAAGAAAGCAAAAAUCAUAUACAAAACAUAUAUUUGUAAGCGAAUGCCCAACCGAGCGGGUGGUUACGAUCGUGUAAGGAAGUGGGAGACGAACGUGUUUGAUGUAAUUUUCGGAUCGCUGGAUCGAUGUUGGAUGAUUAACGAUAUGAUGGUAUCCGGAUGGCUAACGCUCAAACAGAGAGAGAGAAAUGAAAAAAAAACAAUGCAUACCACUCAUACCCUCACACUGGAUUGUUUAGCAAUAAUUAUAUUACAUUUAUUACAAAUGAUUACGAGUUUGAGGAUAAGUGGGUGGGCGGGUUGGGCCGGGGGAUAGUUGGGUGGGGUUUUGGUGGGUCAGGUGGAGUAGGAGCGAACGCAAAGCAGAAAAGAAAAAAAAAACAACAACAAAGACACAUCGUUUACGGAUAUAUUUGAAUAAUAAAGGAGACUCGUUACAAUUUAGUCAGAGGAAAGUGCAA